GAGUACAAGUACUUCCAGAGAAUGACCAGCACGUCACAUGUGAAAGGUAAACAGAAUGCACUGAUAAUGGGUAGAAAAACCUGGUUCUCCAUUCCUGAGAAGAAUCGUCCUUUAAAAGACAGAAUUAAUAUAGUGCUCAGCAGGGAGCUCAAGGAAACCCCCAAAGGAGCACAUUAUCUUUCCAAAAGUCUGGAUGAUGCUUUAGCUCUUUUGGAUUCACCAGAGUUAAAAAGUAAAGUAGACAUGGUUUGGAUCGUCGGAGGCACUUCAGUUUACAAG